AUGGGAAACACAACAAGUGCGGUCCUGGACCAGAUUGUCCAGACCACCAACUUCGAUCGCGAUGAGGUGGAGCGCCUACGAAAGCGGUUUAUGAAGCUGGACAAGCUCCUCCAGGACAACUCCGGAACGAUAGAGCGCGACGAGUUUCUGAGCCUGCCACAGAUCGCCUCGAACCCACUAGCAACAAGGUACGAACGAGAAGAGGAGACGGAGCAUAUGACCGGAGAACGCACGAGGGAUGGGGAGCAUGGGAGCCGUAGAAUGAGCACGUCAUACGAUUGUUGCAAAAGAAAGAAACAAAGGAGAAAACGUGGGCUAACGUCGUUUUCCCCCGCCAGGAUGAUCGCCAUCUUCGACGAGGACGGCGGAGGCACAGUCGAUUUCCAGGAGUUUGUUGCAGGCCUAAGCGCAUUCUCUUCCAAGGGCAACAAGGAGCAGAAGCUGCGAUUUGCGUUCAAGGUCUACGACAUUGACCGCGAUGGUUAUAUCAGCAACGGUGAGCUGUUCGUGGUGCUCAAGAUGAUGGUCGGUAACAACCUCAAAGACCAGCAGCUGCAGCAGAUUGUCGACAAGACGAUCAUGGAGGCCGAUCUCGACCAGGACGGCAAGAUCAGCUUCGAGGAGUUCACCAAAAUGGUCGAGAACACGGACGUCAGCAUAAGCAUGACGCUUGACCAGUUUUAA